AUGAGGCGUUCCCCCUCUCCACCCCAGCCACAUUCACAAAGAAGGAGCCCGACUCAACCUGAAAGAGCUGAGUCGCCUCCGCGAUCCUUCCGCCCCACCUCUCCCCAUCGCCCUCCUUCUCCAUCGCCGUCGCGCAUCACCAGUAGACCCCUCCCCACCCGCUCCUCUACUCGCAGAAUGAGAGGUGGUGCAGGGAUUCGAAGUCAUGUGCCCAUGGGGGCUGUGAAACCGUCUCCAGCCAACCCCUACUUACAGAGACACAGUCGACACGGGGCCCCUGUUACUCAGCAUGUUGCUCCAUUUAGGUCCUCCGUCCAUAGUGGUCCCGCCCCUCUUUCAGGUCAGAUAGAGGAUAUAGCUGGAACACCCAUGUUAGCCAGGGCAGGCUCCCGGCCUACAGGGUUAAGGGAGUCCAAGCGAACUGGUACCCCCCAACGAGGAUUCCACAGACCUGUAGGUAGAGGGCAGCCAUUAGUCCGAAUGCCCAGAAACCAGUCCUCUCUUCAGUCUAGGCAGUCAUUCAGAGCACCUCCUCCAGGUCCCCCUGCCCCUCCACAGCAAUCAUUGAAACAGAGUGGCCCUCUUUCUUCCCAGCCAUCAGUGCGCCGGCUUCAGAGUACACCUCCAUCUCCACAGCCCUUACAGCAACAAUCUCCAAUGCUGUCCCGUUCUGCAUCUCCCAUGCACCAUUUGUCUCAUCCACCCUCCCCUUUGCCUCACAGGGCAAUGAGUCCCCAUGGUUUCAGACCAGCAUCUUUUCAGCCUCCUGUUCCUAAUGCUAAUAUUUCUCUUGCUACUUUUCCACCAUCACAGAAUAUCACUCAGUAUGACUAUACAUUGAUGGAGCCAGGCCCAUCUCCAAUGCUUACAAAUGCUUUACCAAAUGGUCAAAUUGUAGGCUCACCCUUUCCUACCUCUCCUCUCCCUUACUCCACUAUAGCUCACACUUCACCUUUACAAAGGCCCAGCUCCCCACAAACACAACAUGAGAUUUACCCUCAGAGCCUCCCUCAACUUACACCCUCAUCACCUAAUCUUGGACGCACACUCCAGAACCCUUACCUGCACAAUGUCAGCAACACCACAGCUAUUCAGAGGAGCCCGUUACCUGUCAUGCCUGGUGGGCAGGAGGAGAUAUCAGCUAAUGUACAGGAGAGCCAGAUGAUGCCCCAGUAUCCCACUGCUGGUCUAUCCAAUGCUUUAAUGCAGAACUCACGCCUACGGAGUGCCUCCUACUCAUUUCCUCUGCAACGCAAUGCCAACCUCUAUACAACAGUUCUCACGCCACCUGAAGCAGCAGUCCCUCUUGCCCCUUCUGUCCCUUCAUCCCCACAGUUGUCCCCUGCUAUGCUGACCUCUCAGCUACGUAAUGCUUCUUUUGCCUCACCAUUUCAGCGACAACCCUCCCCCACAUUGCCAGGCUCACCUGCUCCUCCACCUUCCCCACAACAACAAGGAGGUGUCAGAGGUAGCUCCCCACUUCUCUCAGGUGGAUUGCGAACUUCACACAUCCAGGGAUCCAUGUUCAAGCUUCCAGGUGGCACUUUGACAAUGUCCCGGGGCCCUGUUGAGACUCCAGUUAACACCGAUAGUGUAGGUGGUGUUAGCAGUGGGAUGCUCUCUAAUGCCUUACAGAACCAAAGUCUACAUCGGGCGACCUAUAGACUACCCGAUGGCUCUUUUGUCACAAGAAAUGAACCUGCUGAACAUGUCUCAGGUCCAUCUCCACUGUCUUCCCCUAUGCUGUCCUCUGCUUUGCUCAAUCCCAAUUUGCGACAAGCCACAUAUCGUUUACCUGAUGGUACACUUGUUACCAGGACAGAGUCCACAUCUGCACCCUCCCUUUCCUCUUCUACACUCUCCUCUGCUCUUCUCAAUGCUAAUGUUCGUAACGCCUGUUAUCGAUUACCAGACAGUUCAUUUCUCACACGUCCAGGAGAGCAGACGCAGAGUGCAGAGAGCUCAGUAGCCUCCCCUGGGCUUUCUAGCGCCCUGAUGAAUGCUAACUUGCGUAAGGCAAAGUUUCAGCUCCCAGAAGGAUCUUCGUUGUUCUCACGGAACCAAGCUCAACCUUCUUCCUCUGCUUCUUCCGGCCCUGUCCUUUCUGGUGCAUUGUUAAAAACCAACAUCCGUGGUGCCUCUUAUAGGCUUCCAAACACAUCAUUAUUUAAGCAGCCUGGAUCUACUGAUGCCUCUCAACCGCGCUCACUUGACCUUUCCAAUGCUCUUCGCAACCAGAACCUCCGAUCUGCCACUUACCGUUUGCCAGACGGAACUCUCAUGACCCGCCCUCAGCCGGCUUCGGCACCCAAAGCGCUUGACCUAUCUAAUGCCUUAUCAAAAAACCCAAACCUUCGUGGGGCGAAAUACCGCCUCCCUGAUGGCAAUAUCAUGACACGACUCGGUGCCCCCAAAGCACCAGAACCUCGAACACUCAACCUAUCUGGUGCUUUGCAGAACCCUCACCUUCGGGGGGCCUCCUUUCGCCUACCCUCCUCAUAUGCAGUAGUAUCACCCCAGGUCCAAGGAUCUGGCCCUAGACAGCACUGGGCACAGAACGCUGGAGUUGAAGCCCAACAAGAUGAAGAUGUGUGGGGGGCAGAGAGGGUUUUACCUCAUGGGACAGUCCAAAACUUAAAUAAGUGGUCCAUGUAUGGUGAAGGGGAGCUGCUGGACCCCCGCAGCUUGAUGGGACAGGAAGGCUUGGGGAAUGAGCAAGGAGAAUGGAAUCUCCGCAGGGAGGGGGAACCACAUGGGCAGUGGUUUGACAAGAUGUAUGCAAUCAGAAGCCUGCCCACCAUGGUUCAGCGGGAGCAAAGAGAGGAAAAUGGCGUUGAAGAUAUGACACAGCUAGAUGACAUGCAUGAAGUGGCUGUUCUGCUGAACAUAAGGAAAAGGUUUGAGAGAGAGGUUAUUUAUACAUACAUAGGCAGCAUUCUGGUGUCUGUGAACCCCUAUAAGAUGCAAAACACCUAUGGGACAGACAUGGUGCUCAUGUACAAGGGCUGUGCCUUGGGAGAAAACCCUCCGCAUUUGUUUGCCAUAGCAAACGCUGCUCAUUCCCAAAUGAUGGAUGCCAAAAAAAAACAGGUCAUAAUAAUCAGUGGGGAGAGUGGGUCUGGAAAAACCGAGUCCACCAAACUCAUCCUUCGCUACCUAGCAGCUGUACUUCACAAAACUAAUCUUGCGCAACAGAUUGAGAUACUUGAGGCAGCUCCUCUUCUGGAAUCUUUUGGAAAUGCCAAAACCGUGCGGAACGAUAAUUCCAGUCGCUUUGGGAAGUACAUUGAGGUCUUUAUGGAGAAUGGUAGGAUCAGUGGUGCCAUAACCUCUCAGUAUCUGCUGGAAAAAUCCCGCAUCGUCUUUCAGGCCAAAAAUGAGAGGAACUAUCACAUCUUCUACGAGAUGCUGGCAGGUCUUCCUUCGCAGCAGAAGCAGGCCUUCUAUCUACAAGAAGCUGAAACCUACUAUUACCUCAACCAGGGAGAGGAUUGUGGGAUAAAAGGGAAGAACGAUGCAGAGGACUUCCUACGUCUGCUUUCUGCCAUGGAAAUCCUUCACUUCACUGCGGAUGACCAGUCGUCCAUCUUUAGAGUCCUGUCUUCCAUACUGCACCUGGGCAAUGUUUACUUUCAGAGGCAUGAGGCUGAUGGCCAGGAGGUGGCGUCAGUGGUUAGCACUCAGGAGAUCAGAGUAGUCGCAGAGCUGCUGCAGAUCUCACCAGAAGGACUACAGAAAGCCGUCACCUACAAAGUCACAGAAACAAUGAGGGACAAGAUCUACACCCCUCUGAGUGUAGAAAGUGCUAUUGAUGCCAGAGAUGCUGUUGCCAAGAUCCUAUAUUCGCUGCUCUUCCGCUGGUUAACAGAGAGGAUCAAUGGUCAGGUGUACCCUCACCAACACACCCUCUCCAUCUCCAUCCUGGACAUUUACGGAUUUGAGGAUCUGGUCCUCAACAGCUUCGAGCAGCUUUGCAUUAAUUAUGCAAACGAGUACCUGCAAUUCUUCUUUAACAGGAUCGUAUUCAGAGAGGAACAGGAGGAGUACAGCAGGGAGCAGAUCCCAUGGCAGGACAUCACAUUCAACGACAACCAGCCCUGCAUCGACCUCAUUGCCGCUAAGCCUCAUGGGAUACUGAGGAUUCUGGAUGACCAGAGCGGUUUCCCGCAGGCAACAGACAACACUUUUCUUCAAAAGUGUCACUAUCACCAUGGCAGUAAUCCACUGUACAUGAAGCCAAAGAUGCCGGUCCCAGAGUUCACAAUUAAGCAUUUUGCCGGGCGGGUCACUUACCAGGUUUACAAAUUCCUGGAUAAGAACUACGAUCAGGUGCGUCAGGAUGUCCUGGACCUGUUCAUUCAGAGCAAGAACAAGAUGGUAUCAAACCUCUUCCUGGUUCAUGCAGAGGCCAUGGGUCAGCAGAGAGGUCACAUAAGGAAGAGCAGCACAGUCACCAGAAAAUACCAAGCUCCCACCGUCAGCAGCAAGUUUCAACAGUCCCUGCUGGAGCUGGUGGAGAAGAUGGAGAGGUGCAAUCCUUAUUUCGUUCGCUGCAUUAAGCCAAAUAACAUGAAGCAACCAGGUGUGUUUGAGGACGAGCUGGUGAACAGCCAGCUGCGGCACUCUGGUGUCAUGGAGACCAUUAGGAUCCGCAAAGAGGGAUAUCCAAUCAGAAUGCCAUUCUAUGUCUUCCUGUUCAGGUACAAGUCCCUGGCGGGGAUACAGACACUUCCUGUGGCAAAUGGAGAGAACUGUGUGUUGUUGCUCGGUAAACUGUGUCCUCUCCGACCAGGAGCCUACCAUGUUGGAGUCACAAAGUUGUUCCUAAAGGAGGACAUCUACCAGCUGCUGGAGUGUAAGCGAGAGCGCUCUCGUCAUCUUGCCGCCCUCACCCUGCAGCGUUACACUCGCAUGUUCUUCGUCAGGAAACGCUACGUUGAAUUCCGCAACAAAAUCAGCAGGUUUCAGGCACACUGCCUAGGCUUCCUCGUUAGGAAACGCUAUGUGAAAAUGAGGGAAAGUCUGGUCCGUUUCCGCUCUCUGGUCCACAUGUAUGUCAACCGGAAGCAGUACAUUAAGAUGAAGUUUGAAGCCAGGAGGAAAGCAGAAGAGGAGAGGAGGAGGAGAGAGAUGGAGCUGACCAAAAGGGAGGUGGUUAAUGUGACCCACUUGGUGAUCCCUGCAGAGCUGGGCGCUUUGCUGCAGACAGCAGGAGUCCGGAGGGAGUUGCACUCAGACUGCUUGGCUCUGCUUCAGGCUCCUCAUAUCCAGGAUGAUGCUGAACUCACGUUGCCUCUGGACAUCAACAACUACCCUUUCUUCCGCUAUGUUCAGAUUUACUUCAGGGAGCCAAAGUUUGGGAUGUUGAUGGCUCCUCUGGAGUCAUCUCUGACCCGUGUGGAGGACGACCUGAGAGGGGAGGCUCUGGAGCUUUUCAACAUGGUAUUACGGUUUAUGGGGGACCCUCAUCUGAAUGGGGCGCAGGAAAACAUGUUUGGGAAUUACAUCGUCCAGAGAGGCUUGUCGUCGCCAGGGUUACGAGAUGAGAUCCUGGCUCAGGUUGUCAACCAGGUGUGGAGGAACAUAAACUCUGAGAAUGCAGAGAGAGGCUGGCUGCUGCUGCUGGCAUGUGUCUGCUGCUUCGCCCCAUCGGCCAAGAUGGACAAAUAUCUGCUCAAGUUCGUGUCGGACCACGCUCCUGCUGGCUGGCAGGUGCUGCUGCAGCACAGACUCAUCCAAGCGAAUCAGAAGAUGCAGCUGGGAUCAGGCUCCGCCCCCGAGACUGCGCGGACGUAUCCGCUGUCGCUGCUUGAGUGGACCGCCAAUAGGAAGAAGGCUAACAUGGUGUUGCACGUGCACUGUCUUGAUGGAGGGUCCUUCCUGUGUCCUGUCCAUUCCUGGACCAAUGGAGAGGAUUUAGCAGGAAACAUUCUGCGUCACAGGGGAGUGUCUGACUGGUGGAGGGGGAGUUCAAUUCUGAUGAAGGAGCAGGGUCAGUGGGUGGAGUUAGCUGGUCAUGACUAUGUCAUGGACCUGAUUGCAGAUAUGGAGCUUCCUAUGGACUUCCCAAAGCAGAAGAGUUACUUCAUCAUCAGCACUGACAACCCAGCUAAAGUCAGAGCUAAUGCCAGCCUUGCUUUGUUUGGCAGUGGCUUUGACUCAGAUGAGGAGCUUCCUUCCUCCCUUCCUCUCAGCAGCAGCAGACCAGCUUACAGCCUGCCUGAUUCAGAUGGUUACUACAGCCACGAGUCAGAAACAUUGAGCGAGGGUCAGCCUCAGAGAGGGAUGGACCGCUACCUGGACAGCCUGUUUGACCCUGUGCUGUCGGACAGCAGCACGGACAUGGAGAAGAGUGGAAGUUUGUCAGAAAGGAUGAAGGGAGGAGGAGGUAUAGGCAUCACAGGAGAAGGAAGGGAAGAGGGAGAGAGUCGUCCAGCUUCCAGCCGGCCUUAUCCACCAGGAAUACAUCCUGGAGGAUCGGAGCAAGUGGUACUGACUCAGCAGCAACAAGCCAUCAUCAACCAACAAGCCAUCAUUCUGGCCCAGCAGAUGACGAUGCAGGCCAUAGCAAUCCAGCAGCAAAUGUUGUCUUCUUUCCCCCCAGCUGCUCCAGCCCCACAGUCACCACCCUCAUACUAUCACGCGCACUCACAACAGCGCUCACGCACAGCCAGUCCUACCAAAGAGAGUGAGGCGUCUCCGCACAAGCCGAGCGCUGCCGCUGUUCAACGGAAAACGAGUCCAUCACGUGGCCCCCCUCCCGAGGAUGUGGUCCGCUCCACUGUGAGUAACACUGAGCACUUGGACCCCAGCCAUGAUAUCAAAGACAUUAUCAAACAGCACCAGCCUGAAGGCACAACAUCUUCCUCUGGAUCUCCCACGCAAAGGAGAAGUGAUGGAAAGUUGUUUGGAAAGAAGUCAGACCCUCAUGAUGAAGCGAUGGAGAUCCUUAAAGAUCAAAUGGCGAACCCACCACAACCGACUCACAGAAAGACUUCGUCCGCCCAAUCUAAAGAAGACAGGGGACACAAGACUAGCCAGAAAGCCAAGCCUCGCCCUCAAGGGCCAUCUAGCUCCAACAUAAGCCCCGCCCCUCCUCCAGUCUCCAGAGAGUUGCCAGUUGAGGAGGAGAUCAUUCAGACUCAGCUCCACAGCAGAACCAGUGAUGAAUAUUACACUUAUUCCAACGUCCCGUGGAAACUCUACAUGAGGAAAGAGGUUUUUUAUCCUAAAGAGAACUUGAACAAUCCACUGAUCCUGGAUCUGAUCUUCAGACAGAUUGUACAUGACACCUUUUCUGAGGCUUGCAUACGUAUCACGCAGGAGGAGAGACAGAAGAUGAAAGACCUGUUGGCGGAGAACAAGGUGGAUCAGGUUUCUGGAACAUACAAUGAGAACGUGAAGAAGAAGGUGGUCACCGUGGCUAGAGACGAAUGGGAGAUCUACUUCUCUCGCCUCUUUCCAGCCUCUGGCAGUGUCGGGACAGGUGUGCAGGUGUUGUCCGUGUCUCAUAAAGGUAUCAAGCUGCUGAAGAUGGUGAAGAGCAGCUCUUCUGCUUCAGACUACUUCAGAGUGCUGAGGCCUUACAGCUAUUCAGACAUCCUGUUUGUGUCUAUUCCAUCUAAGAACAUGCUUGAGUUCAACCUGACUAAUGAGAAGCUGAUCUUGUUCUCCGCCAAAGCCCCGCACGUCAAGCAUAUGACCGACUACUUCCUCACAGAGCUUAAGAAGGACUCAGAGUACGUGGUGGCAGUGAGGAACUACAUCACUGAAGACAGGACUCAGCUCAACUUCCACAAAGGCGACAUCAUCAGACUCCAGCACAUGGACGGACUGGAGGCUGGUAAACGUUAUGGCUGCAUUGUGAGGAAGAAGGUGAUGCUUCUGGAGGAGCUAAAGAGAAACACCGCUGAGUUUGGCUGGCGGUUCGGCGCCGUGUAUGGAAAGUCUGGAGUGUUCCCCAGCGAGUUCAUCCGUCCUGUGGCUGCUCCGGACUUCUUUGGUCUGCCUCCUGAACGCGUGGAGCCCCGAGACCGGCAGGGACGAGUCGCUGCCUCUGCUGCUGUUGCCGUUGCGAUGGGCUCAGCUGUAGCUGCUCAUGAGCUCGACCUCUCUACCGAGGUAGUGAAUGAGAUCUAUGGAGACAGCCUGGGUGUCGAACUGGACGACCUGCCUCUGCACAGCAGCCAGUACCACAUGGUUGAGUUUGCCAAGAAGUACUUCCGAGAAGCGCAGAGGAACAGGAGUGAUCAGAAAGCAAAAAAGGGGAAGGAGCCCAGGGACCCUGCUGACAUGGUCAAAUUCUCCAAGUCUCCAAUCCAGGAGUCACUGAUCGACUUCUCAGACAGUGGGAUGAACCGAGUGGCUGCUGACAUCUUCUUAGCUAUAAUGAAGUUUAUGGGAGACUUCCCAAUGAAAGGCCAGACUGAGCAGGACCUGGUCACCACUAUAUUAAAGUUAAGUGGUGACCAUGGCCUGAUGAAGGAUGAAGCCUACUGCCAAGUGAUGAAACAAGUUACUGUCAACACCAGCUCCAAACCGGACAGCUGUCAGAGAGGAUGGCGGCUGAUGUAUAUUCUCACAUCUUUCCAUCGCUGCUCUGAUGUUAUGAAGCCGUUUCUGUUGACGUUUCUCCAGGAUGCAUGUGCCAGCCCUGGUUUGCAAUACCAAGGUAUUGCCAAGGCAUGCGAGCAGAAUCUGAGGAGGACUUUUCAGUAUGGCGGGCGUGUGCAGUAUCCCAACAGCAUGGAACUCAAAGCAAUGAUGGCCGGGCGUAGCUCCAAGAGACAGCUACGGACUAAUGCACAUUGUGCAUCUCUUUUCAAGGUGUUGCCAGACUACCUGAAGGCCUUGCUGAGUGUGGUUCCUCAGGGUAAGCCCAGUGAACAGCAUCUGCAGCAGAUUACCAGGCUGGCUGCCCUACAGCAUCGUGCCAAAGACACCAUCUACCUCCCCACCCUCCGUGAGGUGCAGGAGUGUAUCCCUCCGCAGUUCUACAGCAAACCGGGUUCACAGCAGUGGCUGAACAUGACAACACAACACAUGCAGCAGGUCCAGCCCUUAAACCCACACCAGGCCCGUGCGCAGUUCCUUGGUCUGGUCAGUGCCUUCCCCAUGUUUGGCUCCUCCUUCUUCUACAUCCAGAGUUCUGGCUCUUCGUCCGUCCACGCCCCAUGCAUCCUGGCUGUUAAUCUGAACGGGCUUCAUUUUCUUAACAAGGAUACACAUGAGACUAUGGUGCGUUUUCCUCUGAAGGAGAUUCAAUCAACUCGCACUCAGAGGCCAACAUCUGGCUCCAGUUACCCAUAUGUGGAGAUCAUGAUAGGAGACCUGCUUAACCAGCGUGUCACACAGCUGCAGCUGGAGCAGGGCCUGGAGCUUUGCCGAGUCAUCGCCAUGCACGUGGAGAACAUGCUGUCAGUCAGAGAGAAGAGACUCACAUUGCCACCAAGUGAAAUCACCCUCCUAUAGCACAAACACGAGGAUGACAUAUACAUAGAAAUCACAGUUUAUGCCUUAAAAAUGUACUCUACCUCUAUUCGUAAGACAGGUUAUUUUUGUAUGUAAAGGCACUGUUAUGUAAGUUGAUAACUUGUUUAUUGUGAUGAUUUUGAAAAAGUGCUUUUCCAUUAUGGCCAUGAAAAUGUUAUUUUUUCUUAAUUGAUCAGCUGUUUUCUUAAUGAAUGAUUUGGCACAUAAAAUGUCAUUCAUGUCAGUCACAUUCUAGUUUUAGGAGAAACUUGAAUGAAUGCCUUAAUCUUUAAUGUUUAUAGUUUUACAUAAUCAUCCAGAAAUGUUUAAGAUCUUGUCCAAUAUAACUAUAAGGGUUAAUGUCUCCUUGUUUCCAUGCCCCCUCUUUAGAAGAAUAGCAUGAUUUGCUUUGUUCUUGGGACAACAUUAAUUUAGUGUAAUGGUGGCGCCAGUUUAUUGCUGUAUAACAAACAAACCCUUAUAACCUCAUCUUGGUUUUGACAUUAAUGGAAACUUUUGGUUUGAUAGGAUAAAGAACUUUUUCUGACACAUCUCUUAUUCUCUGCUUUGCCAAGGGGCAAAGUCUUUUUGGCACAUAAGCUUUGAGGCCACAUCACUAAGAGUUUGCACUAACUUAAAUAUUUUAUUUUUACAAUAAAUU